AUGGCUUCAGAGCUGCCGGCACUCUCUCUGCCUUCUACGCUGUCCCCCGAUGAUCUCGACUCUCUGUCCGAGCUGUCCAUUGUCCUGGCAAAGGUCCGCGCUGGACUCCAGUCCUCCACUGGCCUCACGACGGGAGCUACUCCUGGCGGGCCAAGCAGCAGCGGCCAGCAGCUCUCUUUCAAGGACGUACCUGGUGCGACCGACAAGCUCAAGCACAAAUUGCAGCACGCCAGGGCCCAGGUUCGCGCGUUGCCAGACAUGGAUCGCUCCAUCGAAGAGCAAAGGGCCGAAAUCAAAGAGCUCGAAACGCGAAUUGAGAUGCAGCGUGCUUUGUUAGAAAAACUUCGCGAGAGCGGCGUACAGUUUAGCAAAGACGCAUACGCUACUGGAGACAAAAUGGAGCUGUGA